UUUUCUCUUUAGUUUCAUCCUCCUCUUCCUCCUUCUUUAUAAUUACUGCAUACUGUUUAUUUGAUUUGUUUUUCCCUUCGUUUUUUUGCUUUCCAUUCUCUUCUGCGUUGUGUGCUACACUUUGUUUUUUUUUGUUUUUCCUUCCAUUGACUCCCCCCGUCUGACGAUUCAUUUGCUACUGUUGUUUUCGUUAUGAAUUCUUGAUUUCCCCCACGCCGCGGCUCUGUGCGCACUCGAGCUGACGCUGUCGACGACGACUGUCGAACGAACCCAAGGAGAAGAGACACGACGCCGCUGCCGCCGCACCGAGGCCGAGCCCGUGCCUGUGCCUGUGAAUGAGAGAGCGCUCAGCGGUUUGCUGACCGCAGUCAAGGAUGCCUGAAGACUGACUGACCUCUGCACUGUGGCGUUCCUGGCUUUUUCCAAGAUAAUGGAGAGCAGUUUUGCUGGCGCACCGUUCUAGCUGUGGUUCCUGUCUUUCAUUUGUCAGGAGCUUCAGAAAAUGUCCAACAGUAACACCACACAAGAAACCCUGGAAAUUAUGAAGGAAUCCGAAAAGCAGCUGGUGGAAGAGUCACUCCACAAGAACAAGCUCCUCAGCCGCUCGGCAAGCAAGGAAGGAAUGGAGAAGGAGAGCGAGGAGUCCAACAUCCAGGCUGAUCCUCAGCGGCGGACUCACAGCCAUGGGCAUGGCAGAAAGAGAACCAAGUCCAACUCGAAGAUGAAGCUGGUGAGGAGCCUCGCAGUGUGUGAAGAGUCUUCCAAUCCUUUCAGUGUUGAUGGAUCUCAGGAGCCACAGGAGCUAAUUCAGUUACAUAUCAGCUGUCCUUCAGACAAAGAAGAGGAAAAGUCUUCAAAGGAUGAAUCUGAGAAGGAAGAGCGAGAGAAGAGCAAAGAGAAGACUCCCAGGAAAAUGCUCUCUCGAGAUUCCAGCCAGGAGUACACAGACUCAACCGGCAUAGAUGUGCACGAGUUUCUAGUGAACACGCUGAAAAACAAUCCCAGGGACAGAAUGAUGCUGUUAAAACUUGAGCAGGACAUUCUGGAGUUCAUCAACGACAACAAUAAUCAAUACAAGAAGUUUCCUCAGAUGACCUCUUACCACAGGAUGUUGUUGCACCGGGUGGCUGCCUACUUUGGCAUGGAUCACAAUGUUGACCAAACUGGAAAGGCUGUCAUCAUCAACAAAACGUGCAACACGAGAAUUCCAGAGCAGAGGUUUACUGAGCACAUCAAGGAUGAAAGAAAUGUGGACUUUCAGAAAAAAUUCAUUCUCAAAAGAGAUGACGCCAGCAUGGACAAAGAUGAGAACCAGAUCAGGGUCCCUCUGCAAGAUGGCAGAAGAAGCAAAUCAAUAGAAGAAAGGGAAGAGGAGUACCAGAGAGCAAGAGACCGCAUAUUUGCUCGAGAAGUUUUCUUUUCUUUUCAGUCCUCCCAGAAUGGCUACAUCGCUGACAGCAGACUCUCCAAAGAUGGCUAUUCCUCUAGCUCUCAAAAGAGACGGCAGAUCUUUAGGGGGAAUCGGGAUAGCUCAAGCCGGGCAUCCAGCAGCCGACAGAGCAGCACGGACAGCGAGCUCAAGUGCCUUGAGCCCAGGCCUUGGAGCAGCACUGACUCUGAUAGCUCCAAUCGCACCCUGAGGCCCCCUGUCACCAAGGCCAGCAGCUUCAGUGGCAUCUCCAUCCUCACACGUGGAGACAGCAUUGGGAGCAGCCGGCUGCCCCGGACAGACGCCUGCACUCAGCCGCUGCCGCCUGGGAGAAGCCUUCUGCCAUGUUCUGCGCAACAAGCACAGCCUGCACCCUCACAAACGGCCCUGUUGUCCACUCCUCAGCAGCCUCCCCUGAGCAGCCACCUCAUGGCACAGCCCGUCCCAGCCCUGCAGCCCUCCCCGCAGCCUGUGCAGUAUUCAGCCAGCUCCUGCCCCCAGGUGCUCCUGCCCGUCUCUCCUCCCCAGCAGUACAACAUGGCAGAAGACCUCAACUCCCAGUUCACCCAAAUGACUCUAAGUCGGCAAGGGUCUAGUGAAGCAGCUGAGCCCCCACCUGCCCUCUAUCCUCCCUCUGCAGUCCUGACCCAGCAUGCACCACAAGCCAACUAUAUCAUGGCAACCAGUGGGCAGCCCAUCUCUGCCUCUGGUUACCAGCCUGGAUCUGCCCCUGCCCAGUCGGUUUUGCAGGCCCCACCUCCACAGAGUUACCUGCAGCCUGCAGCAGCCCAGCAGAUCCAAGUGUCCUAUUACCCCCCAGGACAGUACCCAAGUUCCAGCCAGCAGUUUCGGGCUCUUCCCCACCAGGUGUCAUAUACUUCCCAGCGUAACCAGCAGGUGGCCCAGCCAACGCAACAGACUGCAGGUCUGCAGCCGAUGAUGCAAAACCAGCAACAGGCUUACCAGGGCAUGAUGGGAGUCCAGCAGCCCCAGAAUCCCAGCCUCAUGAAUGGCCAGAGGGGAAAUAUUAACAACCAGAUGCAAGGCAUGAUGGUCCAAUACCCACCUCUUUCUUCCUAUCAGGUUCCUGUGGCCAAUGAUUCCCAACAGGUGGUACCCCAGAGCUACCAGCAACCAGUAAUGGUCCCUGCCAGCCAGUCUGUCCAGGGUGGAGCAAUGCCAGUCUACUACAGUGUCCUACCACCAGCACAACAAACCAGCACAAGCCCAUCUGUAGGAUUCCUGCAGCCUCCUGGUGCAGAACAGUACCCGAUUCCCCAGUCACCCUCUCCAUGCAACCCACCUCCAGUUCAGCAGCAAUAUUCAGGUGUAGCACCUCCGGGCCCCGGCAUGGUCGUCAUGCAGCUGAGCAUUCCCAAUGGUCCUCAGACGCCCCAAAACCCCUCGAUGGUCCAGUGGAACCACUGUAAAUACUAUGGUGUCGAGCAAAGAGCUCCAAAGGCUGCCGAGGUGUACAAGCCUGAGAAUGGCCCCCAGGUGCCCAGCAACCAAAUGAGCAGCCCGCUGACCUCUCCCACCCAGUCACCCACUCCGUCCCCAUCCAACAGCGUGUGCACUGGCCUGGGCCCCCCACUCCCUCUCAUCGCACAGUUCCCUCGGCCAGUUGGACCUGCACAAGGUGAUGGCCGCUUCUCAUUGCUAGGUCAGCCUCUGCAGUACAGCCUGUGCCCACCCACACUGCUCCAUGGCCAGUCUGCCUACUCGACACAUCAGGGACAUGCUGGAGUAAAGCACAGCAGUCGAGGAAAGCGGCAGACACUGAAGUCUGCAUCCACAGACCUGGGCACCACAGACGUAGUUGUCAGUCGCAUCCUGGAAGUAACAGAUUUGCCGGAAGGAAUCACCCGCACGGAGGCCGAAAAGCUGUUCAACCAGUUGGCCAUGUCAGGUGCCAAGAUCCAGUGGCUGAAAGAUGGCAGCGGAGGGGGCAAGGGAGGCAACGACCCUGCCAAUCUGUACACGGUUGUGGCCGUCUUCCCCAGCACAAUGGCCGCCCAGAGCGCCUCCUUCAAACUGAACAACUCCUCAAGUCGAUUCAAGUUGCGAGCUGCCAAAAAGAACUAUGACUUGCGGGUGCUGGAGCGGGCGAGCUCCCAGUAGGGCAGCGCCCUGCUGCUGCCGCUGCCCAGCCCCAUACCCCCUCCCCGCCCCGUUUGGCUGCCUUUGUUGGCUUUUGUUUGCCUUACUGCUGCUGUGGCUUCCCGUAAUGCGUUUUUGUUUUGUUUUGUUUUUUAUUUUUUUUUUUUUUUUUUUUUUUCCUUUUUUUUUUUUUUUUUGGAUUCUCUAUAUUUAUAUAAGUGAUUACGGAUUAAAAAAAAAAUUCAGUGAUUUCAGUGGAACCAUCUCUCUUCCUCUUCCAACCCCCUCCUCUUCCUCUCUUGUGUUGCCAGUUUGUUUUAUUUGGUUGACCGCUGUGCAGCGCGUAUCACAAGUAUUUAAAGUGCACAAUGAUGUCUACUGUAAAUUUUAUUUAAUCUGUUAUUUUGUUUUUAAAAAUAUAAAAGCAAAAAAAAAGUGUUG